AUGGCCAGCAGCAGCGUGCGCAUGAACAGCUUUCCCGGCUACCGCUUCCCCAACAAGCCCAUUGACGCGCAGACGCGCUACGACCACGAGUCGGCCAUGAUGAAGUACGAGCUCCUCCACGGCGGCCGGUACGACCCGAACGCGUACGACUAUAGCAACCCGCAGCAGGCGCCGACGCCGACACAGACGCACCACGCGCCGGGCCCGUACAGCGAGUACAAUCCACCGACGACGACGACGGACCCGCGCCUCUUUUACAACGAGUACCCGCAGUCGUACGCGGCCAACCCGACGGGCAACUACAGCUACGGCCACGACAACCUCGCGCCGAUGCCGUUGCCGUCGUACGAAGGGCAGCGCUACAAGCACUUGGACGCCGACUUUCUCGACGAAGCGAUCCAGUGCAUUCCGCAGCUCGACGCGCUGGAAGGCAUGCACCACCCGUACGGGCGACCGACAACGACGCUCAACACCAACGCCAACGCCGGCAUGUACAGCAGUCGCCACGGGUCGGCGUCGUACUCGCCGUCGUCGAACGCACCGUCGUCGACGGGGUCGACGCACGACAUCGGAGGGUACCGCCCGGCGCGCAAGCCGACGUCGGCGUCCGAGAAGGCCAACCCGCGCCUCUGCCGCGUGCCCGGCUGCAACAAGGGCAUUCGGUCGCGCGGCCUCUGCAAGGGCCAUGAUUCCGACCAGGGCGGCGGUCACUGCAUCGCCCAUGGCGGCGGCCGCCGCUGCUCCGAGCCCGGCUGCACGCGGUCGGCGCAGGCGCGCGGCCGCUGCAAGUGCCACGGCGGCGGCCGCCCGUGCAAGUACGAGGGCUGUGGAAAAAACAGCCAGCGCUCCGGCUACUGCAUGACGCACGCCAAGCUCGUCGAACAAUCCAUGCGCGCCAAUGACGACGCCACGAGCAUGAGCUUAUAAGUCCCGUCGUCGUCGUCGUCGUCCUUUUUAU